ACAGCAUUUUAUCACAGUGGAACGUUUGAGGAGAGAAGUGACAUGGAUAUAGAAAAUGUGGGUUUUUAACUGCCUUUUCGUUGUGUUGGGACAAAUCCUAGUUACUGUUGGCUUGGAGGUCAGAGUCUCAAAAAUGCCACAGACAAUUAUCCGAGGAGAAACCGCAUUGCUGCAGUGUGCGUUCAACGUGACUGGCGAUGAACCUCUCGAUCACAUCACAAUCCAAUGGCUGCACAUGGGGAGCAAUGCUUUGGUCCACAGUUAUUACUACGGAUCAGACCAACUCAAACUGCAGAGCGCCCAGUAUUCGGGGAGAACGAGUCUGUUUCCGGACCAGUUUAAACACGGAAACAUUUCCCUAAAACUCCAAGGAGUGAGGCCAAGCGACGCUGGACAAUACAAGUGUCACGUCAGUACUCUCAUGGAAAGUGACGAAGGAACUCUCUCAGUCCAAUUUGCUGCUUAUUACACGGAGCCAAAUCUGAUGAUCAGGCACAAUCCACCCAGCAUCAUUUUGAGCUUCGAGUCUGAAGGCUACCCAAAGGCUGAUGUGCUGUGGUACAGCGGGGAAGAGAAGCUUGAGCCUGUUUUGUCUGAAACUGUUUACCAACAAACCACCGACAAUCUGUACUUACUGAAGAGUAUCAUGGCAAGAAACAAUACAAGCCUCAGUGAAAAGUAUACCUUUGUGUUAAGGAAUGAUGCAGUCAAGCAAACUAUCCUUAGACCAGUCCACCUCCUUGGCAUAGCAUAUCCUCUUCAGAACCAAGAGGCUUCCAGCCUAUAUGUGGUUAUCAUGGCUGUCUCUCUGAUUGCACUGGUUGCACUGUUGGUGAUAAUUGCCCUCAAUAUAAUGUUAAGCAGAAGGAGAAACCUUCAAGAUUCCCAGAGGCUCAAAGAAAGAAUGGACGUUAUCAAUGGAAUAUUGUUGUCUCAGUAGCUUAAGGAACCAGUCAAGUCCAAGUGAUCUGUGGUCUGAAAUCAAUUUGAUUUCAACCAACAACAAGUGAGGGGAGAUGGGGGUGGGAGGGUGACCAAAGGCAUGGUCAAAGAGAUGUCUCGACAGGCCAUGAAGGAGAUAAAGGGGCUCCUGGAUGGAGUUCCAUAGGGUGGGAGCAGAAAAGGUGAUGGCCUGACUGCUGAUGGUGCGGAGGGCAAGGCUGGGGAUGUGGAGCAGGCCGGAGCCCGCUGAUCGGAGGGAGCGGGCAGGUUGGUAGGUUGCAGAGGAAGGGAGGAGCAAAGACUGGAGGGUUUUAAACAGGACACUCGCAGGUGCUUCAAUGGACCUCAGUGCCUCAUAGUUAAAUAGCCUGUCAUGGCCACGAGAUACAAGACAUGCAUACGGGAAAAAAUACUAGUGGACACUAGUGCCUGUGAAAUCUGUGUGGAACCAUUUAUCGUAUUAAAAUAUAAUUCAUUUUAUGAUCAA